UUCAGGUCGCAGUCUCCUCUGGAGGCGUGGGUUCGAAUCCCACUUCUGACAACAACCUUUUCGUUUUUUUUUUAAAUCUUUUUGUUCUUCUUCAACACGACGAGAACGUGUUGUUGUUGAAAGCGACUGUUUUCCGUCUAUUUCAUAAAAGAGAUCAGUUACCAGUGCGAAGUCACGAAGAAAUGAAACAUGGCGGACUCGGAUGGGAGACAGGUUGACAGCAUCAACAAUGCUACAGAUGGAGAUGUAAAGUUGCACGAAAUUGCACUGGCAAAGAAUGAAGGGAAGGAAUUGACCAAAGAAGAAAAGCAGCGUCUUAGGAAAGAGAAGAAGCAGCAUAAAAAGAGUAAAAAAGAUGACAAGGGUCCUCCAGAGAAGGAAAAGGAGAAAGAGAAAGCAUCAGUACCAGCUCCGUCAAAACCUGCCACACAGAGCCCAGCACAUAAAGCGGCUCCUGCACCUGUAAAUGCAUCUGCUUCUGAAUCUCCUGCGGCUGCAGAGAAGCCUGCCAAGAGCAAAGCGGAACUGCGAGCAGAGCGUCGGGCACGGCAAGACUCAGAUCGAGCAUCAAAACAGGGCAAGAAAGAAGGGGGGCAGCAAUCUGCCUCCAGCAAGCCUAAAGCUACCCCUAAUGAGCUUCAGCCAGUAGUGAAAAGGUUACCAGAGCACGUUCAGGUGGACGACCCUGCUGCAUUGAAGAAGUUGGCCAAAAAGCUUGAGAGGCAGCAGGUUCCUUUGAGGUCAGAUUAUGGAUACAAGGUCAGCCUGUUCUCACAUCUCCACCAAUACAGCCGGAAAAACCCUCCCACCCAGCAAAUCAGCAUCCCUGCCACAGUUAUUCACCCAUCCAUUGUUCGCUUGGGCCUGCAGUACUCUCAGGGCAUUAUAGCAGGAUCCAAUGCUCGAUCUGUGGCCCUACUACAUGCCUUCAAACAGGUUAUUCAAGACUAUAACACACCUCCAAAUGAGGAGUUGUCAAGGGACCUUGUGAACAAGCUGUCGCCCUAUAUCAGUUUUCUCAGCCAGUGUCGACCCCUUUCGGCCAGCAUGGGCAAUGCCAUCAAAUACAUCAAGAAGGAAAUCUCAAAUAUACCAAGUCAAUGCAAAGAAGAAGAGGCCAAAGGGGAACUGCAGGCAUGUAUUGAUAGUUACAUAAAUGAGAAGAUCAUUUUGGCUUCUGAAGCCAUUUCUAAGUAUGCUAUUGAGAAGAUAAGUAAUGGAGAUGUCAUUCUUGUUUAUGGCUGCUCUUCACUUGUCAACCACAUUCUGUGCGAAGCUUUUGAAAAGCAGAGGAAGUUCAGAGUCAUAGUUGUGGACAGUCGGCCCAGACUGGAGGGCAGAGAGACGCUGAGGCGUCUGGUGAAGAAAGGCAUCCGAUGUACUUACGUGCUCGUAUCUGCCUUGUCCUACGUUCUGCCUGAAGUAUCCAAGGUAUUUCUUGGUGCCCAUGCACUCCUUGCUAAUGGAUAUGUGAUGUCACGUGUGGGAACUUCCCAAAUUGCCCUGGUAGCAAAAGCCUACAAUGUACCAGUGCUGGUCUGCUGUGAGACCUACAAGUUCUGUGAACGAGUACAGACGGACUCUUUUGUAUCCAAUGAAUUAGAUGACCCUGAUGACCUGAUUGUUACCAGAAAUGGAAAGACCCACCUAGAGAACUGGCAGACUGUUAAAUCACUGGGGCUUCUGAACUUGGUGUAUGACGUGACGCCACCGGACUUUGUGGACCUUGUAAUCACUGACUUGGGCAUGAUCCCCUGCACCUCUGUGCCUGUGGUACUGCGAGUCAAGAACGUAGAUCAGUGAAGAGCAGACGAACACGGUUCUGCUUCCCUCUUGCAUCUGCACAUAAGAAUCUGUGCACACGGGCUUCUGGCACCCAAUAAACAUAUCUAUGAAAUGGAACAAGCUUUUCAAAUAAAGCCACAGUUUAUGUCCUCACUAGUGGGAUCUAUUUAAUUUCAAAUUGUAUAACUGGUCCAAUUCCAGUUUCUAAAAAAGUCCACCUAAUGAGAUUUUCUUUGGAAAAUUCUCAAAUUAAUACUUAGAAUUGUUGUACACAAGAUCAAGAAUGUCAGAUAGCUUUGUUAUUGUGUCAGAUCCACGAAAUUCAAGAAAGUGUCUGUAAACCCUGUGUUUUCAAUUUUGGCCCAUCAUGGUGAGUGUAUAGAUAUAAACAUCUAUCAUCCUUUUUUGGAUAGUUUCUGUUGCCGAAGCCCUUUCAUAGAUGUGAAAAGGGAAAAAGAACAUGGUGCAAAUGUGUGUAAGAUCAUGCAAAAGCUGAAUGUGUUGCAUAAGAGGUUUUGUUUGUAUUCCCAAAACCUUGGAAACGCUACAGAAAAAU